UCCCGAGUCGACGGCAGCACACGUCGUUCGGUUCCUCUCCACUCCAACUCCACCGUUGCUCCCACCAAACCUCCCACUCCUUCCUCACCAACCAUGCGCCCCACCGCCGCGGCCGCCACCGCCGCCUUCGCCUCACCGGUCGUCGCGGUUCCCAGUCGCGCGGCCCCGCUCGCCGCCCGCCGCCGCCUCCGCCGCGCGAGGCGCUUCGCUGUCCGCUCCGUCGCCUCCCCUCCAACGGUCCCCAAGCCCGCGGCUCCCCCCUCCAAGACUGGGAAAUGGCAGUGGACAUUUGAGGAUAAGCCAAUAAACAUUUACUAUGAGGAACAUGAGCAUGAGACUGCUGAGAACGUGAAGAACAUUCUUAUGAUUCCUACAAUUUCUGAUGUUAGCACAGUGGAGGAAUGGAGGGUGGUAGCCAAAGAUAUUGUGGCACGAAAAGGAGAAUUAGGUUACCGUGCUACAAUUGUUGAUUGGCCUGGUCUGGGUUAUUCAGACAGGCCAUCACUGAACUACAAUGCUGAUGUGAUGGAGAAUUUUCUGGUUCAGUUAAUUAAUUCACCAAAUAGUCCUGUGGCAAAUACAGAUGGUGAAGUGGUAGUAGUUGGAGGAGGUCAUGCAGCAACAAUUGCAGUCCGUGCGGCUGGGAAGGGCCUUAUAAGGCCAUCUGGCAUUGCUGCAGUUGCACCUACUUGGGCUGGACCCCUUCCCAUUGUAUUUGGCCGAGGUUCUGAUAUGGAGACAAGGUAUGGGCUUCUACGAGGGACCCUCAGGGCCCCGGCUAUUGGCUGGAUGAUGUACAAUGUUCUGGUGAGCAACGAGAAGUCCAUCCAGUCCCAGUACAAGUCUCACGUUUAUGCCAACCCUGAGAACGUGACUCCAAAUAUCGUGGAAAGUCGCUACGAGUUAACCAAAAGGAAAGGUGCACGGUUUGUCCCGGCUGCAUUCUUGACAGGCCUUCUUGACCCUGUCCAAACAAGGGAAGAAUUCCUUCAGCUGUUUGCCAAGUUGGACGGUGACGCUCCAGUUCUGGUUGCAUCGACCGUGAAUGCCCCGAAGAGGUCGAAGGCUGAGAUGGAAGCUCUCAGAGGCGCCAAAGGCGUGACAAAAUUCGUGGAGGUUCCAGGUGCCCUUCUGCCGCAGGAGGAAUUCCCAUCACCAGUCGCGGAGGAACUCUACAGCUUUCUGAAGGAAUCAUUCUCGUCAGGUAGAUGAAUGUGCAGUUACGACAACUACGGCAGGGUCAAAUUCAACAACAUCCUAUACUCAUACUGUACUAGAGCUUGUAGUAACAGAAGCAGCAGCAUCAAUUCCUGUCUGGGUGCCACAUUUCCAAGCUUGGCAAACCAACCACAAUUCCAUAUAUACAGAGAGUGUGUGCAAAGCAUAUUGCCCUGAUCAAUAAUUGCAGCUCACCAUCAUGCUCCUCAGCUUAUGGUGGUUCCGGUA